UCUCCCUGCAGCCUCCUGAGUGACGAUGGCAGCUCCAUGUGCCCCCACACCUGUUCUGACUCUCCUGGUGUUGCUUGCUUCAGCCAGAGCCGGCCCUUUCUCUCCUCGGUCCAAUGUGACACUCUCAGCCCCGCGGCCCCCUCCGCAGCCAGGGGGCCCUUCUUCUCGGACAUAUGAGCACACUGUGGAAGGCGGGGAGAAACAGGUGGUGUUUACCCACCGCAUCAACCUGCCCCCUUCGGCUGGCUGUGGCUGUCCCCCAGGCUCGGAACCUCCAGUGCCUGCUUCCGAGGUGCAAGCCCUGAGGGUCCGGCUGGAGAUCCUGGAGGAGCUGGUGAAAGGGCUUAAGGAGCAUUGCUCAGGGCCGUGCUGUCCUUCAAACCCCCAGGCCGGCACAGGCCAGACCGAUGUGCGAAGCCUCUGCAGCCUCCAUGGUGUCUUUGACCUGAGCCGCUGCGCCUGCUCCUGCGAGCCUGGCUGGGGUGGACCCACCUGCUCAGACCCUACGGACACAAAGACGCCCACCUCGCCUCCGCCCUCAGCCUCCAAGGCCUGUCCCGAGGACUGCAACGACCAGGGUCGCUGCGUCAGAGGACGCUGCGUGUGCUUCCCCGGCUACAGCGGCCCCACCUGUGGCUGGCCCUCAUGCCCCGGAGACUGUCAGGGGCGCGGGCGCUGCGUGCAGGGUGUCUGCGUGUGUCGCGCCGGCUUCUCCGGCCCCGACUGCAGCCAGCGCUCCUGCCCUCGCAACUGUAACCAGAGGGGCCGCUGCGAGGAAGGACGCUGCGUGUGCGACCCCGGCUACUCAGGUGAGGACUGCGGGGUGCGGAGCUGUCCCAGGGGCUGCAGUCAGAGGGGCCGCUGCGUGGACGGCCGCUGUGUGUGCAACCCCGGCUACUCAGGUGAGGACUGCGGGGUGCGGAGCUGUCCCCGAGGCUGCAGCCAGAGAGGCCGCUGCGAGGACGGCCGCUGCGUGUGCGACCCCGGCUACAGCGGCGAAGACUGCGGCGUGAGGAGCUGCCCCUGGGACUGUGGCGACGGAGGGCGCUGCGUGGACGGCCGCUGCGUGUGCUGGCCCGGGUACUCGGGCGAGGACUGCAGCAAGCGGACGUGCCCGCGGGACUGCCAUGGCCGGGGCCGCUGUGAGGACGGGGAAUGUAUCUGCGACGCAGGCUACAGCGGCGACGACUGCGGGGUGCGGAGCUGCCCCGGGAGCUGUAACCAGAGGGGCCACUGCGAGGACGGCCGCUGCGUGUGCUGGCCCGGGUAUACCGGCGCGGACUGCAGCGCGCGGGCCUGCCCUCGGGACUGCAGGGGCCGCGGGCGCUGCGAGGACGGCGUGUGCGUGUGCCACGCGGGCUACAGCGGCGAGGACUGCGGGGUGCGCAGCUGUCCCGGGGACUGUCAGGGCCGCGGGAGAUGCGAGAGUGGCCGCUGCGUGUGCUGGCCUGGGUACACAGGCCGGGACUGUGGCAUGCGUGCCUGCCCUGGUGACUGCCGUGGGCGCGGGCGCUGCGUGGACGGCCGCUGCGUGUGCAAUCCGGCCUUCACUGGAGAGGACUGCGGGAGCCGUCGGUGCCCUGGGGACUGCCGCGGCCACGGCCACUGCGAGGACGGCGUGUGCAUGUGCGACGUGGGCUACUCGGGCGACGACUGCAGCACGCGCAGCUGUCCCGGCGGCUGCAGGGGCCGCGGCCGGUGCCUGGACGGGGUCUGCGUGUGCGAUGAAGGCUACUCGGGUGAGGACUGCGGCGUAAGACGGUGCCCGCAAGACUGCAGCCAGCACGGCCUGUGCCAGGAAGGCUUCUGCGUGUGCCACGCGGGCUACGCGGGCGAAGACUGCAGCAUUCGCACCUGCCCGGCGGACUGCCACCGGCGCGGCCGCUGUGAGGACGGGCGCUGUGUGUGCAACCCAGGCUACACCGGCCCCGCGUGUGCCACCCGCACCUGCCCAGCCGAUUGUCGCGGCCGUGGGCGCUGUGUGCAGGGAGUGUGCGUGUGCUACGCUGGCUAUGGCGGGGAGGACUGUGGGCAGGAAGAGCCUCCUGCCAGUGCCUGCCCUGGGGGCUGUGGGCCCCGGGAACUGUGCCGGGCUGGCCAGUGUGUGUGUGUUGAGGGCUUCAGAGGCCCAGACUGUGCCAUCCAGACAUGCCCAGGUGACUGUCGCGGCAGGGGAGAGUGUCUCCAGGGCACGUGUGUCUGCCAAGAUGGCUAUGCUGGGGACGACUGCGGGGAAGAGAUACCAGCCGUCCAGAACAUGAGGAUGCACCUCCUGGAGGAGACGACCGUGCGCACAGAGUGGACCCGGGCUCCCGGACCCGUGGAUGCCUAUGAAAUCCAGUUUAUCCCCAUGACUGAGGGGGCGAGUCCACCAUUCACAGCUCGGGUGCCCAGCUCGGCCUCAGCCUAUGACCAGAGAGGACUGGCGCCUGGUCAGGACUACCAAGUCACUGUCCGUGCUCUACGAGGGACCAGCUGGGGCCCUCCUGCCUCUAAGACCAUCACUACCAUGAUCGACGGCCCUCAGGACCUCCGGGUGGUGGCUGUGACACCGACCACACUGGAUCUCAGCUGGCUACGUCCCCAGGCUGAGGUGGACAGGUUUGUGGUGUCCUACGUCAGCGCCGGCAACCAAAGGGUGCGACUGGAAGUUCCUCCUGAGGCAGACAGGACUCAGCUAACCGACCUGAUGCCAGGCGUGGAAUACGUGGUGACCGUCACUGCAGAAAGGGGCCAUGCAGUCAGCUACCCGGCUUCUAUCAGGGUGAACACAGACAGGACUGAGGAGCAGCCUGCGAAGGCAAAGGCAUCGGCCCUGCCACGCCUGGGUGAGCUGACAGUGACAGGCUUGACCUCUGACUCCCUGCUCCUGCACUGGACUGUCCCAGAGGGGGAGUUCGAGUCCUUCCUGAUCCAGUACAGGAACAAAGACGGGGCCCAGGUGACGCCCGUGGAGGGACCCCAGCGCUCGGCACCCAUCACAGGCUUGGAACCAGGGCGCAAGUACAAAUUUCUCCUGUAUGGGCUCGUCGGCAAGAAGAGGCAUGGCCCCUUGGUGGCUGAAGCCAAGAUCUUGCCUCAGAGUGACCCCAGCCCGGGAUCCCUACCCCGCCUGGGAGAGCUGUGGGUGACAGACCCUACCCCACACUCCCUGCACCUCUCCUGGACUGUCCCUGAGGGCCAGUUUGACUCCUUCGUGGUCCAGUACAGAGACAAGGAAGGGCGGCCCCACGUGGUACCUGUGGAGGGGCCUGAGCGCUCUGUGGUGGUCUCCCCGCUGGAUCCCAAUCACAAGUACAGAUUCACUCUGUUCGGCAUUGCCAAUAAGAAGCGGCAGGGACCCCUCACUGCUGAUGGCACUACUGCCCCAGAGAGCACCGAGGAGGAGUCUUUCGACCAGCCCCUCCUUGGGGAACUGACAGUGACCGGUGUGACCCCAGACUCCCUGCGUCUGUCUUGGACGGUGGCCCAGGGUCCCUUCGACUCCUUUGUGAUCCAAUACAAGGAUGCACAGGGGCAGCCCCAGACGGUGCCCGUCACUGGGGACGAGAAUGAGGUCACUGUCCCCAGCCUGGAGUCCAACAGGAAGUAUAAAAUGAACCUGUAUGGGCUUUAUGGCAGACGGCGUGUGGGGCCCGCAUCUGUAGUGGCCAAAACGGCCCCACCAGACAACACUGUGGACCAGCCCCCCAGUCCCACAGAGCCCAGCACCGAAGCCCCUGAGAAGCCACGCCUGGGCGAGCUGACCGUGACAGGCGCCACCCCAGACUCCCUGAGCCUCUCCUGGACCGUCCCCGAGGGACAGUUUGACCACUUCCUGAUCCAGUACAGGAACGGGGAUGGGCAGCCCAAGGUGGUGCGGGUGCCAGGGCACGAGGACCAGGUCACCAUCCCCGGGCUGGAGCCAGACCACAAGUACAAGAUGAACCUGUAUGGCAUCCACAGAGGCCAGCGUGUGGGCCCUGUGUCUGUCAUUGGGGUGACAGCUGCAGAGGAAGAGACAGAGCCCAGCCCCACAGAGCCCAGCACAGAGGCCCCAGAGCCCCCUGAGGAGCCGCUCCUGGGAGAGCUGACAGUGACAGGAUCCUCCCCAGACUCCCUGAGCCUCUCCUGGACGGUCCCCCAGGGAGACUUUGACUCCUUCACUGUGCAGUACAAGGGCAGCAGUGGGCGGCCCCAGGUGGUGCGUGUCGGGGGCCAGGAGAGAGAGGCCACAGUGAGAGAGCUGGAGCCUGGGCGCAAGUACAAGAUGCACCUGUAUGGGCUGCGUGAGGGGCAGCGCGUGGGCCCCGUGUCCACUGUGGGCGUGACCGACUCACGACCAGAAGAGAAGACCGUGCCAGCCAUCGAGCCCCGCCUGGAGGAGUUGACAGUGACUGGUGUGACCCCCAACUCUGUGAGCCUCUCAUGGGUGGUUCCUGAAGGACAGUUUGACUCCUUCGUGGUCCAGUACAAGGACAAGCGUGGGCAGCCCCAGGAGGUGCCCGUGGCCGCGGACCAGCGUCAGGCCACCAUCCUUUACUUGGAUCCCGCAAGAAAAUACAAGCUGAACUUCUACGGACUACAUGGCCGACGACGUGUGGGCCCCCUCUCUGUGGAAGCUGUGACAGACCCCCUGCCAGCAGCACCAGCUCCAGCCACUGAGGCCUCCAAGCUGCCCCUGGAGCCACGCUUGGGGGACUUGGCAGUGGCAGAUGUGACCCCAGACUCCGUGGGCCUCUCGUGGACUGUCCCCGAGGGUGAAUUCGACUCCUUCACGGUCCAGUACAAGGACAGGGACGGCCAGCCCCAGGUGGUGCCCGUGGCCGCAGACCGACGGGAGGUCACCAUCCCAGGCCUGGAGCCCUCCCGCAAGUACAAGUUCCUGCUCUUUGGGGUCCAAGAUGGGAAACGUCACAGCCAGGUCUCUGUAGAGGCGAAGACAGCCGCCCGAGAUGACGCCAGCCCAGGGGCCCCUCCCCGCCUUGGGGAGCUGUGGGUAACGGAUCCCACCACAGACUCUCUGCGCCUGACCUGGACAGUCCCCGAGGGCCACUUUGACUCUUUUAUGGUCCAGUUCAAGGACAAGGGUGGGUCGCAGGUGGUGCCAGUGCAGGGCCAGGAGCACACGGCCACCAUCACAGGCCUGGAUGCAGGCCGAAGGUACAGAUUCCUCCUCUACGGGCUUCUGGGAAAGAAGCGCUUCGGCCCCCUCUCCACAGAGGGCACCACAGAGCCCAUGAAUACUGCGGAGCUCACUAGAAAAAAGGACCCCCCGAAACCUCGACUGGGGGAGGAACUGCAGGUGACUGGUGUGACCCAGGACUCUGUGGACCUCUCCUGGACGGUGUCCGAGGGCCAUUUUGACUCCUUUGUGGUCCAGUACAAAGACAGGGACGGCCAGUCCCAGGUGGUGCCCGUGGAAGGCUACCGCAGAGAGGUCAGAGUCUCUGGCCUAGACCCAGCCCGCAGGUACAAGCUGCUACUGUACGGCCUUCGAGACAGCAAGCGUGUGGGUCCCCUUUCUGUCAUUGCUGUGACUGGCCCCAGAGAAACAACCGAAGCUUGGACAGAGGUCCCCACAACUUCACCUCCUGCAGCCUUGCCCCACCUCGGAGAGCUGAGAGUGGAGGGGGCCACACCUCACAGCCUGCAUCUCUCCUGGGUGGUGACUGAGGGAGACUUUAGCUCCUUUGAGGUCCAGUACACUGACAGAGAUGGGCAACUCAAAGUGGUCAGUACAGAGGGUGACCAGAGUGACAUCACCCUCACGGGCCUGGAACCUGACCGCAGAUACCUGGUGACCCUGUACGGUUUCCAUGACGGGCAUCGCGUGGGUCCUGCUCAAACUGAGGCCCUGACGGAGCCAUGGGAGGAGGAGGAGGAGGAGGAGGAGGAAGAGGAGCCCACAGAAACACCCACAAUGACUCCUGAGCCCAAGCCACACCUGGGCGAGCUGACCGUGACAGACACCACCCCCGACUCCCUGAGCCUCUCCUGGACCGUCCCCGAGGGACAGUUUGACCACUUCCUGAUCCAGUACAGGAACGGGGAUGGGCAGCCCAAGGUGGUGCGGGUGCCAGGGCACGAGGACCAGGUCACCAUCCCCGGGCUGGAGCCAGACCACAAGUACAAGAUGAACCUGUAUGGCAUCCACAGAGGCCAGCGUGUGGGCCCCGUGUCUGCUGUCGGGGUGACGGCUGCAGAGGAAGAGACAGAGCCCAGCCCCACAGAGCCCAGCACAGAGGCCCCAGAGCCCCCUGAGGAGCCGCUCCUGGGAGAGCUGACAGUGACAGGAUCCUCCCCAGACUCCCUGAGCCUCUCCUGGACGGUCCCCCAGGGAGACUUUGACUCCUUCACUGUGCAGUACAAGGGCAGCAGUGGGCGGCCCCAGGUGGUGCGUGUCGGGGGCCAGGAGAGAGAGGCCACGGUGAGAGAGCUGGAGCCUGGGCGCAAGUACAAGAUGCACCUGUAUGGGCUGCGUGAGGGGCAGCGCGUGGGCCCCGUGUCCACCGUGGGCGUGACCGGUGAGUGUGCCCCAGAGCCCCCUGAGGAGCCGCUCCUGGGAGAGCUGACAGUGACAGGAUCCUCCCCAGACUCCCUGAGCCUCUCCUGGACGGUCCCCCAGGGAGACUUUGACUCCUUCACUGUGCAGUACAAGGACAGCAGUGGGCGGCCCCAGGUGGUGCGUGUCGGGGGCCAGGAGAGAGAGGCCACGGUGAGAGAGCUGGAGCCUGGGCGCAAGUACAAGAUGCACCUGUAUGGGCUGCGUGAGGGGCAGCGCGUGGGCCCCGUGUCCACCGUGGGCGUGACCGACACAAAGCUCCUUCCUCGUCUUGGGGAGCUGACAACGACAGAUGUGACCCCAGACUCCGUAGGUCUCUCCUGGACUGUCCCCGAGGGUGAAUUCGACUCCUUCAUGGUCCAGUACAAGGACAGGGCAGGGCAGCUGCAGGCGGUGCCUGUGGCCGCGGACCAGCGUGAGGUCACCGUCCCGGGCCUGGAGCCCGGUAGAAAAUACAAGUUUCUGCUCUUCGGCCUGGUAGGCCGCAAACGACUGGGCCCCACCUCUGUGGAGGGCACCACAGCUCCCCUGGAGAAGACACCGCAGCCCCGCCUAGGUGAGCUGGAGGUGACGACAGGAGAGACCCCUGACGCCCUUCGCCUCCUGUGGACUGUGGCCCAGGGCCCCUUUGACUCCUUCCUAAUCCAGUACAAAGACAGCGACAUGCAGUCCCAGACGGUGACCGUGGCUGCAGACCAGCGCGAGGUCACCAUAGCGGGUCUGCAGCCAGACCGGAAGUACAGGUUUCUGCUCUAUGGACUCACUGGAGGGAAAAGCCUGGGGCCCAUCUCUGCCCUGGGAGUGACAGCCCCAGAAGAGGACACAUCAACCCCAAACCCCACUGAGCCCCCUGAAGCACCCCUCCUGGGGACGCUGGCAGUGACCGAGGAGACCCCAGGCUCCCUGCAACUCUCCUGGGGUGUGGCCCGUGGCCCCUUUGACUCCUUUGUGGUGCAGUACCGGGACACAGAGGGGCAACGCCAGGCCCUGCUUGUCGACGGGGACCAGAACAAGGUCCUCAUCUCAGGCCUGGAACCCGGCACCUCCUACAAGUUCUUCCUCUACGGCCUCCAUGAAGGGACACGCCACGGACCUGUCUCUGCAGAGGGCACCACAAGCCCAUUUCCUCCCGGUCAGACCCCAGGGGACCCCUGGCCCCGCCUGUCCCAGCUGUCGGUGUCGGAUGUGACCACCAGUUCUCUGCGGAUAAACUGGGAAGCCCCACUUGGGGCCUUUGACUCCUUCCUACUACGCUUUGGGGUCCCCUCACCAAGUACCCUAGAGCCUCAUCCUCGUCCUAUGCUCCAGCGAGAGCUGAUGGUGCCAGGAAUUCGGCGCUCAGCGGUACUUCGGGACCUGCGUCCCGGGACCCUGUACAGCCUGACUCUGUACGGGCUGCGUGGGCCGCACAAGGCAGACAGCAUCCAGGGCACUGGCCGCACCCUCAGCCCAGUUCUGGAGAGCCCCCGUGACCUUCAAUUCAGUGAAAUUGGGGAAACAUCAGCCAGAGCCACCUGGGUGCCACCACCAUCCAGGGUGGACAGCUUCAAAAUUUCCUACCAGCUGGCAGAUGGAGGAGAGCCACAAAGUGUGCUAAUGGAUGGCCGGACACAGACCCAGAUCCUCCAGGGGCUCAUCCCAGACACUCGCUACGAGGUGACUGUGGUCUCCGUCCGUGGCUUUGAGGAGAGCGAGCCUCUCACAGGCUUUUUCACCACGGUUCCUGAUGGUCCCACGCAGCUGCGUGCGCUGAAUCUGACUAACAGCUCUGCCCUUCUACACUGGAAACCCCCGCAGAACCCUGUGGACGAAUACAACGUCCAGGUCGCGAGCCCUGGGGCCCCACCCCUGCAGGCCUCAGCACCUGGCAGUGCCGUGGACUACCCACUGACCGACCUAAUGUUGGACACCAACUACACAGCCACUGUCCGUGGUCUCCGGGGCCCCAACUUCACCUCCCCAGCCAGCAUUACCUUCACCACAGGAUUAAAGCCCCCCCUGGACUUGGAAGCCAAAGAAGUGACUCCUCGCACGGCCCUGCUCACUUGGACUGAGCCGGAAGUCCCGCCCACAGGCUAUCUGCUCAGCUAUGACACCCAUGGAGGGCAGAUUCAGGAAAUCCUGCUUCCGGCUGGCACCACCUCACACCGGCUGCUCCGACUCUUCCCCUCCACCUUCUACAGCGCCCAGCUGCGGGCUGUUUGGGGCCAGAGCCUCACUCCUCCUGUGUCUACUUCCUUUACUACUGGUGGGCUUCGGAUCCCCUUCCCCCGGGACUGCGGGGAGGAGCUGCAGAACGGGGCCAGCGCCUCAAAGACCACCACCAUCUUCCUCAAUGGCAACCGAGAGCGGCCCCUGGACGUGUUUUGUGACAUGGAGACGGACGGAGGCGGCUGGCUGGUUUUCCAGCGCCGCAAAGACGGGCGGACAGACUUCUGGAGAGACUGGGAGGAGUACGCCCACGGUUUUGGGAAUGUCUCCGGGGAAUUCUGGCUCGGCAAUGAGGUUCUACACAGGCUGACGCAGGCUGGAGACUACUCCAUGCGUGUGGACCUGCGGGCUGGAGAUGAGGCCGUGUUCGCCCAGUAUGACCUCUUCCGUGUCGACUCAGCAGCAGAGCACUACCGCCUACACCUGGAGGGCUACCACGGCACUGCGGGUGACUCAAUGAGCUACCACAGCGGCAGCGUCUUCUCUGCCCGCGACCGAGACCCCAACAACCUGCUCAUCUCCUGUGCUGUCUCCUACCGUGGGGCUUGGUGGUACAGGAACUGUCACUAUGCCAAUCUCAACGGGCUCUACGGGAGCAUAGUGGACCACCAGGGGGUGAGCUGGUACCACUGGAAGGGCUUCGAGUUCUCGGUGCCCUUCACGGAAAUGAAGCUGAGGCCCAGAAACUUCCAGAGCCCCACCAGAGGCAGCUGAGCCUGCUGCCCACCUCACCGACACCCCAGUAUGACUGCCGAGCACUGAGGGUUUGUGCCUAGAGAAGAGCGAGUGCGCCUCUACUGUGCCCAGCUCACCGAGGAAGCCUUCUCUGCCACAGACCCACAGCACCAUGUUUACAGGGGGGGAGGGGAGGGGAACGGAUCAAUAAAGGAGAAACUGAGGCACAAGGCUGGUACUGGU